AUGGCUCAUGAUGAGUCGGAUGUGGACCCCGACGAGAUCCGACGCGCACCCUCACCCGACCCGAUUUACCUACACUCCUACCUCUCCACGCACAUCGCGUCUACUUCGGCCCAUCUCUGCACACCCCUACCAACCUCUUCGCACUUUAAAGCCUUCUCAUUAUCUCGCGACGAGCUACGCGAGCUUAAAUGGGCGAAAGACGAACCACUGCUCGGCCACACGUUCUAUCCGCCGGCAACAUACUGGUCGCCCUCCGAGAAGGCCCUUUUCUUCCGUGCACUCGCGUCUUGUUCGCGCCUCAGACCGGAUCUGAUAGCCGAACGCAUACGAACGAAGACGACGGCCGAAGUCGAAGCUUGCAUCUCUCUACUCGACUCCGCCUUACAAUCCACGCCUGAGGAGGAGCUACUACCAAGAGCCAAGUUUCCGCUCGCACAUGAGGCACCGCAGGAGUUGAUCGAGUACGAGGAGUCGCAGGCGGCUAUGUGUAUGGAGUAUGAAGCGGAGUACGCGGAGGAGAUGGUCGCGGAAACGAGGAGGGAGGAAGAGAGGGAGUGGAGGAAGGAGAAGGGCAUUGGGACGAGGGUUGGACGACCGAAGAAGGGUGGAACGCGCGAGACUGCGCAGGAGAAGAGAGAUCGCGAGAUGGAGAAAGAACAUCGUGCCGAUAUCGCCGAAUGGCGCGCCGAACGCGAACCUUUUUGGGAAGCAGAAGACGCUUUGCGCAAUAUGGACAUAGUCCAACUUGGUGCCCUCGACCGGCUCAUCAAACGCGGCGAGCGACAAGGUCCUCUGGACAAUGUCGAAGCAGAGGACGGCGUGAUCGUGCCGGACUUACUACCCGGACAGCGUGCGACUUCCGAUCCACGCGGAUCUCAGCAGCCCUCUGCUGGACAAUCGGAGGAGGAUGCUGUUGCUGGGCCCUCUUCCCAACCCUCACGACCCACUACGCCUGCGCCUGCGUCUACUUCUGCGCUUGCUACUCCUUCCGCUGUCGAUGACGAGGAAGAUCCCGCGAAUCUCUCGCCUGCGUCGAAGUCACGUCUUCGCAAACGCCUAUGGAUGCGUCGCAAACGGGCCGCAGCAAGAGGUGAGGUGGCUGACAUGAGUCGUACCCUGCUCAAACCGGGGAAAAAGGCCAAGGGUGCGAGCGUAAAGACGAAGAAAGGGAGUAAGGGAAAGGGGAAAAUAGAGGCUGACUCGGACGACGAUGGGGAAGAAGACGAAGAUGAGGACGAAGAGGCUGCCGACGCUGAGGACGAUCUGGAUGGAGAUGGAGAGGAGAAAGAGAAAGAGGAGCUUGGAGGAGCCAAGAAGCGAUCGUGGGCUGAACGACGAAAGAAAGGGCACAGAGGCGGACAGACACGACCGUACAAGUUCGAGAGCACGCUCCUCUCUGUGGGGCUUGAUGGUGCUGCCCUACGAGAGCGAGGCUUAGGCGGGUUGCUAUCAUACGGCGGAUUGGGUAAACUAUCGCGAAUAUACACAUCUCUGGAAUUCACCUCACAUAACUCGCCGCCGAAGUUCUCCGGUGAAUUCCUGCGCUAUCUGGAAGCCCUCGUUCGCGUAUUCGCACGUCGCGUGAUUGGUAUGGCGAUCCGCGUGCGUGAGCUCGACUUCGCACUCAAGGGCCAUACCAAAGUGUGGAGGUUGGGCAAGCGGCGGAUGGUUCUCAAACACCACAUCGCCCGUGCUCUUACGCUUGUGGGACCGCCGCGCACGGAUAAGAAAGCGUACUUCACUGCCCUCGCGGGACGCUUGGGCGAGGAUCCAGAUGGCGGUGUCGGGGUGGAGAAUAUCGCUGAUGAGGAGGAGGAUGGGGAGAUGGCUGACGAGGACGAGGCUGAUGUGGAUCAGGCUGUCGAAGGAGACGACGAGAAGGAUGAGGAGGGAGGAGAACGAGAACGAGCACAGGAUGACGGUGCCGAAGACGUUGACGACGUCGACAUAGCGAAGAACGGCGCUGCAUGGGUCAAUCGCCGUGGUCAGCUCGUUCAAUCAUUUUGGCCGCCACGAGCCUUUGCCGUUCCAUACAUCGCGACAUCCCAUCUCCCCUCAAUACCGAUAACCUACCCAUUCGGCAUCGAUACUCCAGGAACUCGUCCGCAACUCGCUCCAUCCGAGGACGCCGAACGGGCGACACGCGAGGCAGAAGCUGCAGAAGAUCUUAUGGAGAGCGAUGCCAUCGAACUAUCGCGUGAAGUGAAAGACGAGCAAAGGCUGAACGCUAUUGACGAGAAGAAAGGCGAAAGGGAUGGGAACAGGGUCAUGGUCGCGCUCGGAUUGAUAGCUGCUCCACAACCCGUCUCUAGCAGGAAAAAGAGGGUUCAUAAACGCGCUUUGCGGGCGGCCACUGAGGGGAGCGAUAGUGAGGUCGAUGAAGCGCGUCCUGCGAAGAGGACGCGUAGGCAAGGCGGUUUCAAGGCUCUGCAGAGCGAUAAGCUGGCUGCGGCGGACCCCGAUGGCGUGCGGAUCAAGAGCGCAGCGUACAUUGUGGACUCGGACGAGGACAUAUAG